CUUUAGGACUCUAUUCGGCUUUCAAGACUUGAAACAUUCACCGUGGCUUACCAGCUGGUACGGUGCCCAUCGAUCUCGGCCAUCAUGGCUUUCCUUUACCGUCUAUUUGGUGCUUGUGUCCUCUAUUCAGUUCUUUGUCAGUGGAUAUUUGUGGGAGCUACACAUAAUCUUGCCUCGGCAUCCAAUCAUGUCCAGAGCUCAAUUUUCACACCUACGAUUGAAAUAAAAACAUCCAUUCCCUCUCCAAGCAAGACUGUCAAACAUGGCAACCAGACUGUCAUACCUUCAUAUAACAAAACUGUUAGACCCCACAACAUGACUGUCACACCUUCAUUUAACAGAACUGUUACACCCCACAACAUCACUGUUGCACCUUCAUUUAAUGGAACUGUUACACCCCACAACAUGACUGUCAUACCUUCACUUAACAGAACUGUUGUACCCCACAACAUGACUGUCACACCUUCCCACAUGACAAACACAGUACUCAACAGCAGUGUAAUGCCACCUAGUACUGGGUCAAUCACACCAACACCUGUGUCCACUGUGUUACAAUCAUCUUCUGUGCAUCCCAUACCAACCUUCCUUCCACCAGCACCAGGCAACUUCACACUGAAAGAUAAUGGUACAGUCUGUUUGUUUGCUUACAUGGCAGCAAAAUUUGAUGUUGCAAUCAGUUCAAAGAAAUUAACCUUUGAGCUUCCAACAAAAGCCAAUUCAACUGGUGAAUGUGACACAAGCAGCAAAGAUCACCCCUACAUCAAAUUAAGCUGGAGCACUCACAGUCAGGACUGUAGCUUCACCAUGCAUUUUAAAAAGUUUAUUAAAGAUACAGGAAAUGCAGGGACUCAAUACUGGGCAGCUACUAAUGUAACAUUUUCAUUGAAAGUCAACAAUUCUAACACUGUGUUCCAAUCUGACAAAGAGAAAUUCAAUGCACUGUCUGCUGGUAUUGGUGAUGCCUAUGCAUGUCCAUCUGCUCCUGCCAUCAAUCUUACAGCAAAGAAAUCCAGUGUUGAGAUUACCUUGACUGAUUUUAAAUUUCAACCCUUUGGUGUAAAAAAUGGGCACUUUGGCAAUGUGACAAAUUGUGUUUUCACUCCGACUACGACUGCAUCUUCAACAACUGCAAAAUCUUCACAUCCGCCAAAAACAACUAAGCAACCUGAAAGUCACACUGUAGCCAUUGCAGUUGGGUGUUCAUUGGCUGGGCUCGCUCUUGUUGCUGUUAUUGGCUACUUGAUUUUGCGACGCCGUAGUCGCAACAAUCAAGCUGGAUACCGCAAGUUGUAAACCACGGCAUAAAUGUUAGCCUGCAUGCACCAACUCAUUAUCACCGGUAGUGCCUUAGUACAUGCUAUAUUUUGCUAGCAAGAAAGUUUGAGGCUUUGAAUGAUGUUAGUCAGUAAGAUGUGUGCAUGGGGUUCAGAAAUUUGCCAGACCCCAAUAGACCUCUUCCUGAGUAAUCUCAAAUCUUUCUAAGCAGACAAACAAUUUUCCUGCAGUACUUAUAUUUGUUCAUUGAAAUUUGCUCCCAAGAAGUUUUGUUAGGUUUUAGUUUUGAAUGUCUAACUUUAUGCCAAGCCUGAACAUGUGUUGUUUGUUGUUUCCAUUCAUUUCAGUUUCCUUUAUCCUUAACCCUCUCCUUUCUUUAUGGUAUAUUUUUUUCAUUGUUGCUUUUUUCUUUCUCUGAAUCUUAAGUUUUUUUGGUCUAAUAUUUCAGAUUAAAAUGUGGACCAGUUUUUUUUUUGUUUGGCAUGAUGUGUAUGGGGAAUCUCUAUGUAAUUUCCCUUCAAUUCUCUUGAAGAGAAAAAGGUUUCUCUUACCCCCUUGGCAAUUGAAUAGCAUUUUUGAUAUUGCAUUAUUAUGGUAUAUUUGAUGAAUAUGAUGAGGAAAAUUAGAGUAAUUACAGUACAUAUAAUGGUACUCAAAUUUGGGAGAUAAAGUAACUUUGGUGAAAAGAUUUUACAGACUGUAUCAUCUUGAGCAUGUCGUCAUCAAAGUCUUUUAGUUCUUCGAUCGGUGGAGGGUUCUUUGGUCGAUUUGAAGCCGUAGUUCUCUUUGGAUGUGGGUGAGGUGUUAGGAUUUAGGAAGAAGUGGGCCUUCCAGUGCAUUCUGUUCAAGAAUUGGGUGGUUUUUUUCGAUGAGACAUGGUAAAUAGUUGUUGUGCGAUGGUAAUGGAAUAUUCUUGGUAGAGUAACUGAGGUUGAAUUUUUCCAAAUUUGGGAGAUAAAGUAACUUUGGUGAAAAGAGCUUGUAGUUAUUAAUCUAGGUGAAUAAACUUGCUAUAUAGUAUGAUUGUAUGUCACUACAAUUGUGGAAGGAAAAUAAAAACCUUUCAGGAGUAGGAAACCUUUAAAAGGUGCAUGUUAGGUUAGUGUGUUUGAGUAAGUAUUUUGAUAAACUCUUUUAGUUAUAGUUUUUAGACCUAGAUACUUUAUUAGAAUAAUUCAAGGUGACGAAUGAUAUUUUUUAUUUCCUUGAUUUGGUCCUAAAAAUGUGCCACUGUAAGCUACUGAGUUCAAUAUUUCAUUUUUUGUCUCAAUCAGUAAGUUACUCAAUACUGUACCUGUUACAUGAUGGUGUUGUAGUUUCCUUUUUCAAUAAAAUUUCAUUGAUAUACUGGGAUUUUAUUUCCUUAAUUGGAAACUGCUACCACUUUGUAUGAAAUCAUGCCCACUCUUAAACCAUUUCCAAAAAUAUUUAAGUCCACUCUUUACAUCAGUAGGAGGGCAUAAAAACAGUAUACAGAGCAUACAAAAUAUAACACUGAAACAAUACUGUUAUCUCCAUGUAACUACCUGGCACUUACAAAGUAAUUGUAACUGUUUCUUUUUUUUAAAUCCUCUUUUUGAGAAAAAUUUUUGUUACAAAUAUUGAUUACAGCAAUGGGCAGAAAUACAGUAGUCUUCUGUACAAUAACUUUGAGUGUUAGCAAAGUGCUCCUUAUAUAGGCCAUACAGUUAACCACAAAAGUGAUCAACUUUAGUGCAAAACAUCUUUCAACAAAUAAUGAUAAGAAUGGAAACAAAUUUAUCCACCAAAUUUGCUAGAGAAAUUUACUGGGAUUUCUCCAACAGUUAGUGGUAAGAAUCAAUAAUCAGACCUUGGUAGUUUAAGGGCUAUGUUCUGUGGGGCCAUGCUCUGGGGUACCAUGUUCUGUAGAACCAUGUUCUGGAGGACCCUGAGGAUAGGAUACUAAGGAUGCAAAGAGGUCAGCAUUUUCCGAAGCAAUGAAAUCAACAUACCGGUAGGACUUAAUGGGAGUGAUAAAUAAGAUACAAGAGUGACAUAUUCUUGUCUCCCUGGAUGUUUCCAUAAAGGAACAAUGAAACUCUGUACUAAUUAACGUUUGACAGCUAGACUGUUCCCCUCCAUAAGACUGAACUCUCAGUCUGGUAUAUGAUGUUAAAUAAUUGUUACUUAUUCUUACUUCGGUAAUGCCAUGUACUACUUAUGGAAGUACCUAAUAAAGUUGUUGUUGUUGUU